CGUCUGGACCGGGGGCGGCGUUCGCUAGCAUCCCUUUCCGGGUCCAGAUUAGGGGUCUGGAGAAGCGGGGAGCGCCGGAGCCGGGGUCCAGGCCGGGCUCGGCCGCUUGCUGCCUCGUGUGUGCAGAGGCGGCAGCAGGCGGUAGCCAGGCCCGCGGACGAAGCGGGCACGGCCCGGUGUGGGGCGCCGUCGGCCGGACUGCGGCCGGUAUUAAAUAGGCGCGAUGUUAUUCUCGCUGCGGGAGCUGGUACAAUGGCUGGGCUUCGCCACCUUUGAGAUCUUUGUGCACCUCCUGGCUCUGUUGGUGUUCUCCGUGCUUUUGGCACUGCGAGUGGACGGCUUGGCCCCGAGCCUCUCCUGGUGGAACGUAUUUGUGCCCUUUUUCGCCGCCGACGGGCUCAGCACCUACUUCACCACUAUCGUGUCGGUACGCCUCUUCCAAGACGGGGAGAAGCGGCUGGCUGUACUGCGCCUCUUCUGGGUUCUCACAGUCCUUAGCCUCAAGUUUGUCUUUGAGAUGCUGCUGUGCCAGAAGCUAGUGGAGCAAACUCGAGAGCUCUGGUUCGGCCUGAUCACGUCUCCGGUCUUCAUUCUCCUGCAGCUGCUCAUGAUCCGGGCUUGUCGCGUCAACUAGCCUCGUGCACGGGCUGGAAACGGAGCACCGCCCAGCUGGAGUGCUGGAUCUCCCAGUUCAGACCCUACUUGGCGUCACACUGGAGGAGCUUUGGUCAGAAAUCAGUGUCUGCUUGUGCCCAGCGUACUGUCCAGUUUUCUCUAUAUCUAAGAUUGUUUCCUCAGCUAAACUUAAAAGUGAAGCUUGAUUAGUAAAAUCUAUUUCCUGUUA